GGUGGGCUCGGAGGGGGUGCUGCUGUCGCUGCCGCCGCCGCCGGUGGUGGCACCGGGAGGGCACCGGCCAUGGACGCCACCACGCUGGAGCUGGACGCGGUGAAGUUCGCGCAGCUGGCGGUUCAGCGGGACCAGAGUGGGCGCUACCAGGAAGCGGUUUUCUACUACAAGGAAGCUGCACAAGCCUUGAUUUAUGCUGGGAUGGCUGGGUCAAACUUGGAAAAUAUUCAAGAAAAAAUAAAUGAGUACUUGGAGAGAGUUCAAGCUCUCCAUUCAGCAGUUCAGUCACAGAAAACAGACCCUCUGAAGUCAAAACAACAGUUGGACUUGGAGCGUGCUCACUUCCUAGUUACCCAGGCUUUUGAUGAAGAUGAUAAAGGCAACGCAGAAGAAGCUAUAGAGUUGUACACAGAAGCCGUGGAACUCUGUUUGAAAACAGCUACUGAAACUUCAGAAGCAGGCCUCCAGUCCAAACUGAAACAGCUGGCUCGACAAGCCCUGGAUAGAGCAGAGGCACUGAAGGAAUCUAUGUCAAAGUCAUCUCAGAAGGAAAAGUCAACGGCAGCUAAACCAAAUCAGCCAGUGAGAACAUUCUUUCCACUGGGACCGGAUUUUUCUUUAAAUGAUAAACCACAGACAGUCAGAGCAGUACAAGCUAGUGAAUCUCAAGGUCAGAGAUACACUGCAGAGGAGAUUGAAGUGCUCAGGAAGACUUCAAAAAUUAAUGGCAUUGAAUAUGUACCUUUCAUGAGUGUUGAUCUGAGGGAACGUUUCGCCUUCCCUAUGCCUUUUUCUGAUAAAUGUGGGAAGUUACCAUUGUCCCCCAAGCAGAAAGCAAUGUUUGCCAAGUGGGUGCGACCAGAUGACAUAACAAAUAACCCUACCAUGAUCUACACUGUAUCAAGUUUCAGCAUAAAGCAGACAAUAGUGUCAGAUUGUUCUUUCGUGGCAUCACUAGCUAUCAGUGCAGCAUAUGAAAGAAGAUAUAACAAAAAAUUGAUCACGAGUAUAAUUUACCCUCAGAAUAAGAAAGGGGAGCCAGAAUAUAAUCCAUGUGGUAAAUACAUGGUGAAGCUUCAUAUCAAUGGUGUACCUAGAAAGGUAAUCAUAGAUGACCAGUUACCUGUUGAUCAUAGUGGGGAACUUCUCUGCUCUUAUUCUAAUAACAAGAAUGAAUUAUGGGUAUCACUAAUAGAAAAGGCUUACAUGAAGGUCAUGGGAGGAUAUGAUUUUCCUGGAUCGAAUUCUAACAUUGAUCUCCAUGCACUGACUGGUUGGAUACCUGAAAGAAUUGCUAUGCACUCUGACAAUCAAGCUUUCAAUAAAGACAGUACUUUCAGAAUGCUUUAUCAGAGAUUUCACAAGGGAGAUGUCCUUAUUACCACAGCAACAGGGGUGAUGUCUGAAGAGGAAGGAGAAAAAUGGGGUUUAGUUCCAACCCAUGCAUAUGCAGUCUUGGACAUAAGAGAAUAUAAGGGACUUCGAUUUCUUCAGUUGAAAAAUCCCUGGAGCCACUUACGUUGGAAGGGACGAUACAGUGAAAAUGACACAAGAAAUUGGACCCCAGAUUUACAAAAAUACUUGAACUUUGAUCCAAGAACAGCUCAGAAAAUAGACAAUGGCAUUUUCUGGAUUUCCUGGGAGGACCUGUGCCAGUACUAUGAUGUUAUUUAUUUGAGUUGGAACCCAAGUCUUUUUAAGGAAUCUACAUGUAUUCACAGUACCUGGGAUGCAAAGCAGGGCCCGGUGAAGGAUGCCUACAGCCUGGCCAACAAUCCUCAGUACAAGCUGGAGGUGCAGUGUCCACAGGGUGGUGCUGCCGUCUGGGUCCUGCUCAGCAGGCACAUCACUGACAAGGACGACUUUGCACACAAUCGGGAAUUCAUUACAAUGGUUGUGUACAAGACUGAUGGCAAAAAAGUUUACUAUCCAGCUGAUCCUCCUCCAUAUAUCGAUGGUAUUCGGAUCAACAGUCCUCAUUAUCUGACUAAGAUUAAGUUGACCUCUCCAGGGCCCCAUACAUUUACCUUAGUGGUGUCCCAGUAUGAGAAACAAAACACUAUCCAUUACACCAUCAGGGUGUACUCCUUGUGCAAGUUCACCUUUUCCAAGAUUCCUACACCUUACACCAUUUCCAAACGGGUUAAUGGACAGUGGAAAGGUCACAGUGCUGGAGGAUGUGGAAACUUCAGAGACACCUACAAAAAUAACCCCAUUUAUCAAAUCCAGCUAGACAAGAAUGGACCAUUGCUAAUUGAACUACGGGGACCGAGGCAAUACAGCGUUGGCUUUGAACUCAUCACCGUCUCAACAGUAGGAGAUCCUGGUUCCUAUGGCUUUCACAAAAAGAGCAGUGGUGACUACAGGUGUGGAUUUUGCUACUUGGAAGUGGAGAACAUAUUUGCUGGAGUUUACAACAUCAUCCCCACCACAUUCCUGCCUCAACAAGAGGGUCCUUUUUUCUUAGAUUUUAACAGUACUACUCCUCUUAAGGUGUCCCAGCUGCAGUGAGGAGACGACUUAUCUGUGCAGUACUGUUUAAGGAGGUGGUUUUGAUCUGUCCUACAGCCUGAGAACAGGUGAAUAACCCUUCCUACACAUAUGCACAAAAGGCAUUCUAAGUUAUAGCCAAAAGCAUGGAAUCACUGAUUGCCACUUAAUUGUGGUAGGCAGUUAGCUGUGGGGUUUGCUGCUAUGGUACUGGAGGGAGCACUGUUUCACAGGCUUGGGAAUAGGCUAAAAUGCAUAUAUUCAAAUGAACUGGCAGAACUCAAUUUAUUGCAAUUUUUCCACACUUUGAAUCAAAGUCCAGUGAGUUAGGAGAAAAACUAACACUGAAAUUCCCUUCUCCCAGAAUACAGGGUAUAUGGGUUAAAGAUUUUAUUCUUAAAAGUAAACAUGUAAGAAAAAAAUAUUCUUGUGUAUUUCUGCUUAUUCAGUCUCAGGACCAAAUAGCUUUUACUACAUAUUUGUGCUGCUAUCUUGAAUGUUUUCAGCAUUGAACUGGUUCUCACCUCUAAAUGUAAAUUUACUACUGCUGAGCAUGCAGUAUUCCAUGUGCCAACUUAUCUGGAAUAUGUAUAUAGGAGUAAAAACUAUUUCUAAGAGCAUCACUCAUGUUACAUGUACUUUGAGAACUGUUAGUUCAUAUCUGUGUGACUUUAGUACAUGACACAGCACAGGGUUCUCUCUGGUUUUUUUUCCUACUAGCUGCCAAACCUAGCUUGAUUCUGAUCAGCAGUAAGGACAGGGGGUUACCCAGCAGUAGCAUAGAGAGAAAAUGCAGCAUAGACUUCCUUGAGCAGGUGUGAAAGAUUUUCAUCUGAAGAUCCAGUCUAAGAGUCACUGUAUCUACUCAGUUGCUGGGGGGGAGAUGGGAAACUGCGCACCAUCAGAAACCCAGCAAAGAAAUGUCUCAUUUUCAUAAUUUUUAUAAUUAUUCAGCCUAUAGGGAAGGAUUAUUUAAGCCUCUCCCCCUAAUAAACCACAGCUGCAAGGAAUGCACUGGCUGAUUCCAUUACACCAGACAUCUUUGAAAAGGUACUUUUUUCCUUGGAAGUUGAAACCAGUGGAUGAAUUGAGCACUUGGCCACUGUCAACAACAGAGCAGGGUUAGAAUUUUUAAGAAAACAGUGGAAGUGGGAUUAAUGCAGAAUGAAAGCCUUUAAUAUGUGCUCUUCCUGUAGACCUAUAUACAUUGUAUCUGAAGAGGAUUCAAGAUAACCAAGUUUUUAAUUUAAUACCAACUGCCUUGCAGAUCCUGAAAUGCAUUAAAUUUUGGGUUGUUUCACAAAAUUUAUAAUACUUGACAGCUGGGGGAAGAGGAUGUUUUUAAAACAGCCACGGGAAUUUUGCUGCCAUUCAUUCACAUUAGUGUGCCAGUUUCCUAAGCAAAAAAGGUGGCAUUUAAAUCUUGUUUUAGAGCACAGGUGUCACUUGGCCAUCAGGAAACUGAGCACACAUUCUACAGGAGCACCAGAAAUAUCUGUGGGCUAAAACUACUCCCAGAAAAGUCUGCUGUUCGUCCUCUCCAGAAAGUACAAGAUUCUUUUGUUUCUUUUCCUUCAUCAGACAGCUGCUUAAGAAGUGUCUAGUGUUGAAAGGGCACUGAUAGCUCCUGCCUUUGAAAACAUGUCCCGCUGAUGGCAGUUCUCUCCAAGGCCAUCUGGGAUAAGAAAUUUGUGGCAGGUUUGUCACAGUGUGACUUACCUUCUUUUGCAGGGAAGUUUCUGCGUGGGCACAAGCUGAGCAAAGAAACAGAUUAGGCUCAUUGUAGUUAUCCCUUGGCUUCUGGAAUAUGGGCCAAGGACUGCCUCAUCUCUACAAAAUGAAAGUUUCAUUCAGCUCACAUUUUCCCUACAGAUUUCUGUUAAGUUUUUAGCUCAGGCUAAACCAGAAUUGCAGUGGAGUCCUGCAUGUAUCUUAUCACCUCUGACGUUAAAGGUAGUCAGUAAGUUCCAACUGAGAAUCUUUUUGGCAGUACAAAAUGCAGAUGCCAGAACUGCCAGCUUUCAGUACCCAGUUCUUGCACAUUCUCUGCUGUUUGAGAUCAAGCUGGUAGACUUGCCUACAGUAAAACCUGUUGUUGUUCUUCAGUAGUUGGUUUCUACUCGGCAGGAAGGAGUUUUUCUUUCUUUUUUCCCCUCAGUACAAGCUACUGCCAAGCUUAUGCUGCAUGAAACGAGCAUAAGGCUCAGCUUCCAUUCUGUGCUGAUCUAAAACUAAACUGAACUAAAAGCAAGAAAUGUACUCACUGUCUGGCAUUAAGGACAAAGGAUCCUGUCCCAAGCAGGAUGUGCUAAUGUUUUUUACCUAUACAGAACUG